AUGCAGUCACCCCUGUCACCGACCUUCAACUUCCGCGAGGCAUUCGAUGUGACAAAGCCGCACCGCCUUAUCGACAAGCGCAUCAGCCGCGGCAUGUUGUAUAAAAAGGGCAUCGUGCUCGCCAAGCAUAGUUGCGACCUUACAGCAGAGGCUGUGGCUUUCCUGAAGGAGAAGGGCUACACUGUCUACGACGAUGCCGAGGCGCUGCGCAACGACGACCUGCCGAUCUGGCGUGAAGCUGUCGAAGCGAAGAAGGCUGGCAAGCCGUACGACAAGGACGAUUGGAACAAAUUCCUCGCCGGGUACAACGCCAUCGCGACCGGAUUGACUCUGCCAUUCAUUGAGGAGUUCACCGACAACCGCAACCAUCCCCUGGCUAGCUACAUCCUCCUCACGAAGGCCCCCAGCGCAACUGCAGUCAACCGUAUCAGGUCUUUCUUCACAGAGAAGCUGUUUCCUCUCCUCGAUCCUGUGGUCUUCGGUCUGCUUGCCAACCUCAAGCUCGUCUCGGGUGGCGACAUCCUCAACUACGAUGCGAUCCACGCAAACCUUGAUCCACAACAACACGUCAUUGCCAUGGACGAUUUCAAUAUCCAGGUCGCGAAUUCGUUCAUCAAGGGUCUUAUCCCCCAAGGACCGACCGCCACUGUUGAGUCCUUUGUCACCGCCCGCCUUCGCUGCAUCCAGGAUUACAUUGGCCACAACUACAUUCAUACUACAAAUCAACUCCUUAUCGCGAUCAGCUUCAUCAUGUCAUUCAUCAUGACCAGCUGUAUCUUCGGGCUCACGGCAAUGAUUGUCUUCUUCGUCGGAUGUGCCAUUGUGGCUUUCUUCAUGAUCCCUACCACCGCUCCCACUCAAGUGACCGAGACCAAGGAUCGUCCGGCGUGUAUUUCUCCCCACAGGCGCAAGAAGAUCGCCACUGACGCAGCCGCAGCCGCAGCCGCUGCCGCUGCCGCCAUUGAGGCUCCGGCCGCUGAGACCAAGGAUCGCCCCGCUUUCAUUCCCCCACACGUGCGCAAGAAGAUCGCUGCUGCCGCUGCCGCUGCUGCCACGGAUGCUCCAGCCGCUGAGAUCAAAGAUCGCUCCAAGUGCAUUUCCCCUCACAGGCGCAAGAAGAUUGCCGCUGACGCCGCCGCUGCCGCUGCCGCUGCCGUCACUGAUGCUCCGGCCGCUGAGACCAAGGUUACAGAGUCCACUGCUACCGCAUCCGUACAGCUGAAGGCUACCGCCACAGCCUUCGCGCCUCCUGGGCAACAGAAGAAAGGAACCGCUGGCCAGAAGCAGUCGUCCCGCACUCCUCGAUCCAAGGCUCGUGGCACCAUCCGGGUUCAAUCCAUCCAGCCUCCUGUGCCCGUCGCUAGGUCGGAGCGCCCUGUCCUCGACGGCUGGGGCGAUAUGGAGAACUUCAUCCGUCAGGACGACCUCAAGACCCGCCGCGAAAACGAAGCGAAGGCCGAGGCCAUGAAGGAUAUGGAGCCGGGUGUAUGGGCCGAGAAGUAUGCUUCACGAUCCUCCAAGCCUAUCGCCGAGAAGAAGGCCGGUGACAACUGA